AUGGCUUCCAAAGGAGCUGCGCGCUUCUUGCUGAAGCGCGAGAUCCAAUCUUCAUCUCGAACUAGGCCAUCGUCACGGGCUAUCUCUGCUGUCAAUCCUGGACGCCGUUUGUCCCCGCUUACACCACACAACAGACGUCAACACUGCAAUGCCACCGAUCCAUUCAAUGCCCGCAUACAACCUGGACAGACUCGAGCCUUUUCACGAUCAGCUAGGAGAUGUUAUGCGAAGGAAGAUGUAGACCCCAAUCAGGUCGAAAGAGAAUCAGAUGAGGUCGACGUCUGUAUUGUCGGAGGAGGUCCGGCAGGUCUCGCAUCAGCUAUCCGCCUAAAACAACUCGCCAAUGAAGCAGGAAAUGAAGAAUUUCGCGUUGUUCUCCUGGAAAAGGCAGGCGAAAUAGGAGCUCAUAUCGUAUCAGGAAACGUCUUACAACCCACCGCUUUGAACGAAUUACUACCAGACUGGCUUGAUAAAAGCAAUCCUUCACGAUUUGAAAAUGUCACACCCGCGAAGAGUGAUAAGAUGCGCUUUUUGACAAAGAACAUGUCCAUCCCGAUCCCCGCGCCGCCUCAGAUGAACAACCACGGAAACUAUAUCGUUAGUCUCAGUGAGCUCACAAAAUGGUUAGGAGAACGGGCAGAGGAAUUGGGCGUUGAAGUCUAUCCUGGCUUCGCUGCAAGUGAAGUGUUGUAUAAGCCCGACGGUUCGGUGCGCGGUGUCGCCACUAAUGAUUUAGGUAUCGGCCGGGACGGGAAGCCUAGAGAUAACUUCGAGAGAGGCAUGGAGUUUCAUGCGCGAGUAACAUUGUUGGGUGAAGGUUGCCAUGGUAGCUUGACAAAGCAGGUUAUCAAGAAAUACGAUCUUCGCCGGGAUAGUCAGCCACAAACCUACGGUCUGGGCAUCAAAGAAGUUUGGGAGAUUCAACCGGAAAAGUUCAAAGCUGGCGAGAUUGUUCACUCGAUGGGAUAUCCAUUACCAUCAGACACCUAUGGAGGAGCAUGGAUGUAUCACUUUGGCGAAAACCUUGUCAGUAUCGGGUUGGUUGUCGGACUUGAUUACCCUAAUCCCUGGCUUUCACCAUACCAAGAAUUCCAGAAGCUGAAGCACCAUCCGCUAUUCAAGGAUGUUUUGGAAGGUGGCAAAUGCAUCUCUUACGGCGCGCGAGCCUUGAAUGAGGGUGGUUUCCAAUCCAUCCCGAAAGUCGCAUUUCCUGGAGGUGCCUUGAUAGGAGAUACUGCUGGUUUCUUGAAUGUUCCUAAGAUCAAGGGAACCCACACUGCCAUCAAAUCGGGUAUGCUCGCAGCCGAAGCUGCAUACUCUGCUCUGCAAGGAAGCAACGAUGGUAGCGUCUUCUUGUACGAUUAUGAAAAGACUCUGCGUGAAUCUUGGAUUUGGAAAGAGCUCAAGGAGGUUCGAAACAUGCGACCUGCAUUCAGCACUGCUGGUCUGUUUGGUGGAAUCCUAUACUCGGGUCUUGAGGCGUUUGUUCUGCGUGGCAAAGCUCCCUGGACAUUGAAACAUCACAGCACAGAUUCAGGGGCAACGAAGCUGGCUUCGCAAUGCAACAAGAUUGAAUAUCCCAAGCCUGACGGUAUGCUUAGUUUUGAUAUCCUGACUAGUGUCAGCCGUACCGGCACCAAUCACGAGGAAGACCAGCCUGUCCAUCUUCAAGUCAAAGACUGGGAUGCACAUACUGCUGAAGCAUGGCCCAAGUACCGCGGAAUCGAAAAUCGAUUCUGUCCUGCUGGUGUUUAUGAAUACCUCGAAGAUCCCUCCAAAGAGCAGGGCGUCCGCUUCCAGAUCAACGCGCAAAACUGUAUCCACUGCAAGACUUGCGACAUCAAAGUUCCGACUCAAGACAUCAACUGGCAGACUCCUCAAGGAGUGACUAAAAAGGAUAUCGAAGAAUAUUUCGGCUCCCAUGGCACCGGCAAAAUCACGGAAAUCAAGCUGAUGAACGGAUUUGGUUUCAUCGAAUAUGAAGAUGCCUUGGAUGCGCGGGACGUUGUCCCAGCUUUUCAUGGUAGCGAUUUCAAGGGAGAACGUCUGACUGUUCAAUUUGCGCGUGGUCCCCGCCACAAGGAGACAUUCAAUGGCCCUUCAGACCGUCCUAGUGCGCCCAGGCCCCGCCGUACUGUAUUCCGCAUGCAAGUAUCAGGCCUUCCUACCGAGACCAGCUGGCAGGAUCUCAAAGAUUUCGCUCGCCAAUCUGGGCUGGAUGUAGUGUAUUCCGAAACUACUCGUGAGCGCGACGGCAGAGGUUUCGUCGAAUUCGAAUCACACGCCGAUCUCAAAACAGCCGUUGAGAAGCUCGAUGGCCGCGAGUUGAAAGGCUCUCAAGUGAAUUGUGUUGCUGAUAAGAGCGAGCUCCAUAUCGCGACCCUUACCGAUCCCGUUCGCCUCCGCGUCGCGGAUAUCCUCCAGGGGAUGAUUACGAUAGACGAGGACCUCCACGUGGUUACAGUCCCCGACCACACUAUCGUGAACGCUCCCCACAAGCUAUGCGACGUGAUUACUACGACCGGGAUGGCUACGGACGGCGGAGCCCUCCACGGCCACGCAUGGAGGAUUACCCUCCGCCGCGACGACCAUACGACGACCCUUACGCACCACCGCCGCCACCUCCGCCUCGCCAUUAUGACGAUCCUUACUUUGCAGGAAGGCCAUACGGACGCCCACGAAGCCCGCCCCGAGGCGAUUAUGCUGGGUACGAACGACGCCCGUACUGGUAGCAUGUGA